GUUCGUUCCGUGAAUCGUAUCUUAGAGCGAUGUAUCGGCGGCGCCAUCGUGAUGGCUUGGAUGAACACCAAGAUGUCAACAGCGCCAUAGAGCCAGAGAGCUGCACCGCUGACGAUCGUCACCACGAUGUAUCGACGAUAGUGUGGGCACUGCGCUUCUGGAAGAGAAUGGCAGCCCUGUCCCUUGGCUGUUUUGCACUUGGGCUUCUUGGAUACCGACCCAGCCUGCCGUCGAUGCAAGAUCCGAUGCAAAGCACAGCGCCCAUUCGACUGCUGGAGAACCUAGAUACCUUCCCCAUCGUUCAGUUUCAACACAUGCUGCUGUCCACAGUAACGACCUUUGAGCUUCCAUCGUCGCAAGUCGUUCAAAUCGUCGUCCACGACCUCGAUGGCCACGUGCUACGUCCGUCGACGCCCCGCCGGUCGCUUCCGUCCGCCCUUUUCGACUCCAAUGUCAUCUACGGCUUGCUUUCCUUGUCUCCCACCGACCUCCUCGCUCACAACACUACGAACGACAAUCAAGAUCGUCACGACCGCAUGUACGUGGCACUGCUAUCUCUGACCACCCACUCCCAUCGCAUCGUGCUCAAUUGUUCGUUCGAUGCCUUGGAUCAUUCGUAUCAUGCGCGUGGGUUUGUGGUGGCAUGUCCAACUUCGACAUCCGCCGAGACAUUGACCAUGCUGGAGCAUCAAGUGCUCGUGUUAGCCAGGACCAUGGAGCAGGCGCAUAUAUGGAAGUGGACGAGUCAUGUAUGGGGAGGAGACUGUGCGGAACACAGCAAUGUCAUCCAAGAGAUUGUACCGACGUUUGCGCAGUUGCAAGGUCUUCGUGUGAUGCUUCCGUGUUAUGACAUCUCAUCCCCACCGACUUCUCGACAUGAACAAGACGAGUUAGUGUAGUCGACACGGCCGUAGAUGAGAAUGCUAGGUAUGACACACGUAAUGGAAAGGGAGUGUAGUCGAUUUAGGUGGAAUAAAUAGCUGCAUGCAAACCUGCUGACCACUUCGUGCGCCGUAACUAUGACGUGGACGAGCAGCAUCGCAGCAUGGCUUCUGUCUCGUCAUCGAUAGCAGGGGGGUGAAUCACAGCCAACGUCGACGCGCUACGGCGCUGGAUGGACUCGGUACAUGACGACGCGGUCGAGUCGGACGACUUGUGUCGAGGGCUACUUCGAUGGUCGUCGUCGGCAUCUCGCGUGGUGGCAGGUUCAGGCAUGAGUGUCAUGUUCACAAGCCUCUCCUGGAGCGAAUGUUUGGGUGACAUCGUAUCGGGAUCAAUCGGCCGCCAUGAGCUGCGCCUGUCAAGCACGCGCUCGAUGGCGGAAGCGGCAUCAACCACCUUGACCGCCUUCGCGACGCCCGAACACACACGCUUGGGCUGCGGGACGGAGAAUUCUGUGCGUGGGUCGGGAUCCCGUCGACCUCGACCGCUCGAACUGCUGGUGCUCAUGACGCUUUAGUAC